GUGAGGAUCCUAGCUUUCGCGACAGACAGGUAAAUAAACAGCGCAAAAUGAAACAAGGGAAAGAAAAUAAAACUAAAACUACGUUAAAAAACAAAACGGAAAAUACGUGCGGAAACUCAGACCUACCUCAUACAGCGGAAGAGACGCAUAUAAGGAAAGUAGUGAGCUGUCCUCCUGUUUUAACCGUGAAUUCAGCGGAUGUGGACCUCCAAGAUAAUGAUUUUUAUGAACUUCCCACCUUUUUUAACUUAACUGUACAAAGAUAUGAAGGGGAAACCUGUGAAGGCCUGUUUCAUGGAGAAGGGGUUGCCUGUUUUGAAGGAGGCCACGUGUACAAGGGGAUGUUUUCCAAGGGACUUAUGGAGGGACCUGGUGUCUUUACACAGGCAGGUGGAUUAAAAUAUGAGGGAGAAUUUGUCUGCAACAUGCUGGUGGGACGGGGCACCUUCACCUGGCCGGAUGCCAGCUCCUAUGAGGGGGAAGUACUCAAUGCUAUACGACAUGGCACUGGAACCUACCGAUGUGCAGACAAUGGUGUGUCGUACACCGGGCAGUGGGAUCAGGGCAAGAGGCACGGAAAGGGUGUAGUGUAUUUUAAACAGGAUAAGAAGACAUCUUGGUACAAAGGAGAUUGGGUGAAGAACAACAGAGAGGGAUGGGGAACAAGAUGCUACCCCUCUGGUAACACUUACUCUGGGGAGUGGAAGAACAACCUGAGACAUGGAGAGGGCUCCAUGAGGUGGCUCAAACUGGGACAGCAGUAUGUUGGGAUGUGGCAGAAUGGAGUCCAGCAUGGGAAAGGCACGCAUGUCUGGAUCCUGAGGCGAGCGGAUGGGUCUCAGUAUUCCCAGAGAAAUCAGUACACAGGAGAUUUCGUUCAGGGUCAGAGGCACGGGCAGGGAACCUUUUACUACGCUGGGGGUGCGAUAUACGAAGGAGAAUGGAGGAAUAAUAAGAAACAUGGGAAGGGAAAAUUCACUUUUGAGGACGGACAUGUUUUUGAAGGAGAGUUUGUCCACGAUGAGAUGAAGACAAACAACCUGAACGGAAACAAAGCUCCCACUUCUCGGCCUGGCUCAUCUAUCUUAGGGCCCGACAUGGCUCUAAACAUUGAAUGUCUUCUGGAGAAAAUCCCUGAGAGAAAUCGAGACACCGAGCGCAAAGAGGUGGAGUGUGUGGUGCUGAGGAAGGCCAGAGAGCUGAGGUCCAUCUAUAGUUUCUACAGCCGACUGGGCCAUGCCCCCUCCCCAGAUAACAGCUUCCUGAUGUCCCGCCUGCAGCUGUGGCGCCUGCUCAAAGACUGCAACGUCCACCAUCACAGCAUCACUCUCACACAGAUAGACAAUUUCAUCAGAGGGGAUGAGACAUCCGCAGAGAUCCACUCUCCUUUCACUCCCAUGCUUCUGCGCAGGACCCUCAGCUGUCUAGUGGUUGUGGCGUAUCACAUCUACCAUAAGGACGUGGUGUCACAAAACCACCUUCUGGCAGACUGCUUUUCCAAACUGAUGACAGACAACAUCAUUCCUAAUGCGAGUAAUGUAAAAGGCUUCAUGUUUAGGCACCCAGACUGUGCAGAGGUGGCUGUGAGUUACUUAGAGAGGUGCUGGGAAGUCUAUCAGGAUUACUGCAGAGUCAUUGCAGCGCCCAGAGAGGACCGGACCAUGACCUGCCGACACCUCCUGUGGAUGUUCAAGGAUCUCCAUCUGCUGGACAGUAACCUGAGCACAGCCAGAUUGCUGCAGAUCAUCACUGCAGAGAGCCAGGACCCCAGCAACACGUCCGCCUGUCUGGAUCUGGAGAUUACAUUCCUGGAGUUUUUUGAGGUACUUCUGGGCUCUGCUGAAGUGAAGUGUCAGCAGGUUUCGCCAUCCAGCGCUGAAACCAAAGCCAGGAGCGAUCUACCUGAGAAAAGUGACAAGGCAGAAACAUCCAAUGCUCAAGACAUGGAGAGUCAACAACAGGUCAGGGCUAAAGUCAGAGAGAGACCUCAGUCUGCAGGGCAAAGAGAUGGAGGAAAGGUUGUUCAAACCAGAGGGGUGAGAGCCCAAGACCAUGAGGUGGAGAUCUGGAAUCAGACGAUCCAUCAAUUCUUCAACCACUUCUUCUUCCCGGCUUUUGAACAUUACCAGUUAGUGUCCAGAAACAUGAAGGACGAGAAGCUCCGGCAGGACUCCCAGAGACACAUCGCUGAGGCCCAGGCCCGACAGAGAGCCAGGGAAAUUCUGGAGUCAGAGCAGCGACAGCAAUAAGAGACAAGAAAACACACGCUAGGAAGGUAGAGGAAGCUGGAGCUGCAGCAGAGAAACCUGAAGACAGCAGCAUAAAACUCACUGUUCUGUACCGGCACCAUCCACAGGCAAUUCAUUAAAAAAAUAUCAUCGAGUCAUUUCCUGGU